AUGAAGUUCCCUGUGGUUUUCAUAUAUGAAGAUUACAAAUACUACGAAUGCUACAAUAUGGACUAUUGCAGUGACAUGCAGAGAGUGAAGGACGUCAAGUGUAAGAUUGAAAAAGAUUCUGGCAUUGCCUUUGACCAACAGAAGUUGUUUCUGGUAGUUGGAGAAGAUGAGCAUAUAGGUCUUGAAACUUUGGAGAAAGGAGUUUUUGUAGUUUUACCUUAUCCGAAGGUGGCCACGGUGCCAGAUGAAGAGAUUGGUUGUCAUCUUGGUUCCAGCGGUGGUCUUGACAAUCCAGAGGUGGCCGCGGUGUCAAAAGAGGAGAUUGAUAUUCAUCUUGAUUCCAAUGGUGGUGGUGGUCUUGACAAUUCAGAGGCAGCUCAAGUCACAGACGAGCAAAUUGCAUAUAUUCUUAAUUCUGGUGAUGGGUCUCAAACUCAAACUGUUGAAGUGAAAGUUAUGGCUUGUUCGUUAAUUGAUCGUCAAUCUACUCAUUUUACUGAAGUGGUUGGCGUUUUGGACAACGUGUUAACACUUACACAACAGCUGAGAAAAGUGUUGCAAGGAAUUGGAGCAGAACUGUUGCCCAUUCCUGGAUUUUCGCACAAACUUGAGCGAAAAUUGGGUGGAUAUUAUUAUCCAGCAAGGAGCCAUUGUUGGCGCGCAGAGGACAUCAACCAAAAUGUCAUAGUCGGCGAGUGCUCAGCGGCAAAUCAAAUGGUUCCAGCCUGGGAUCCCACCUCAUUAUAUCUAACCCAAGAAUCAAAUGUUGCAUCAUCAUCAGCAGCAGUCAAUCAGACGAAUGCAUCAGCAUUAGCAGCCAACCAUACAGAUGAUGCAUCAGAAAAAGUAGUCGGCAAUGUAAGAGAAGAACAUAAGAUAGCGGUGAAGGUCGCAAUAGGAAGGAGAAAUCAAUACAUCAUUAAUGUUUAUCCCAGCGACAAGGUCUCCAUUUUGAGACCACGUUUGGCUCAACGAUUGGCUGAAUUGAACAUCCCUAUGCCAGAAACAUAUCACUUCGUCAUUGGCUUGAAUAAAGUCAAUAAUGAAGAGUUGUCGAUCGAUGACUUCGGCCUAAAGAACAACAGGGUAAUAAAACUCAUGAGCAACGACGAGUAA